AUGCCUCGUGGCCGGCACGCGCCCGUGAGCUGGGCGACGGUGCUGCCGACCAUAGCGCACCUGUGCCUGCUGCUCUUCACGUGCCUCCUUAUCCUGAAACUCCAAGGCCGAAUGACAUGGUCCUGGUGGUGGGUGUUCUGUCCGCUGUGGGUGUUUCACGGCGCGCUGUCGCGCUGCAACUGCUCCAUGCCCGCGCCCAGCUCACCCUACGACCGCCACUGGCGCCCCUGCCACUCGCUUCUCACGCUGCCGCUGCUCUGUGUGUGGCGCGGCCGCCAGUGGACCUGUCCAUUGUGUUCCUGCCUCUCUUUCACCAUCCAUGACCCAUCACCCCUCCCUCCCCUCUCACCCCCUGACAGUUGUGUGUGGCGCGGCCGCCAGUGGACCUGUCCAUUGUGUUCCUGCCUCUCUUUCACCAUCCAUGACCCAUCACCCCUCCCUCUCCUCCCCUCUCACCCCCUGACAGUGUGUGUGGCGCGGCCGCCAGUGGACCUGUCCAUUUGUGUGUGGCGCGGCCGCCAGUGGACCUGUCCAUUGUGUUCCUGCCUCUCUUUCACCAUCCAUGACCCAUCACCCCUCCCUCUCCUCCCCUCUCACCCCCUGACAGUGUUGUGUGUGGCGCGGCCGCCAGUGGACCUGUCCAUUGUUUUCCUGCCUCUCAUUCUGCUCGAGGGGCUCGUGCUCGUUGACAACUUCAGGAUGUGCAUGGCGCUGAUGCCGGGGGAAGAUGACAACAUGACGGAUGAGGCUUUAUGGGAGACACUGCCGCACUUUGCAGUGGCAGUGUCAAUGAUAUUCUUUAUGGCAGCAACUGUGUUUUCUGUUCUUAAGCUCAAUGGUUAUUGGCAUCGACUGGUGGACAUUGCUGGUGGACCUCUGGUGAGUCAUUGCUGGUGGACCUCUGGUGAGUCAUUGCUGGUGGACCUCAGUGGACCUCUGCUGAGUGCUAGCUGCUCCCUCUGGUCCAUCAACUGGUCUCUUUCCCCACUCGCAUAUGUGCGCUCCCCCCUUCUUUAUCAUUGGCGAGUUCUUUGCCUGGCAGCGCUGAUGUCAGCGCUGACUCAGCUCGCGGAGGGGGUGAUGCUGUUGUAUGCGCCCGAGUCCGGGCGGCGGUUUUCGGCGGUAGUGCGGGAGCAUGACCCGUUUAUGUUUGUGACGCGGGGCAUGCGGCUGGCGGGGUGGUGGUGGCGGGAUGACGAAGUGCGGGAGGAGCAGAAGAGUCUUACUGCCUCUCUCUUCCCGGGCACGUAUGAUACAUUCGAGGCCGUACCCCCCGACCACAUAAAGCGCAUGAGAAAAGGGCAAUUAGCAGAGGAGGUGGUGCGGCUGCAGGCGGCCUUGGCGGAGCAGGUGGAGACGGGCAAGGCGCAGCGACAGGAGCUGGAGCGCGUGCAGCAGGAGAAGGUGCUGUGCCGCGUGUGCUUUGAGCGCGAGAUCAGCCUCGUGCUGCUGCCCUGCCGCCACCGCGUGCUCUGCCAUCCCUGUGCAGACAAGUGUCGGCAGUGCCCCAUAUGCAGGCGGCACAUUGCCGACCGCAUGGCCGUGUUUGACGUGUGA